GGAUGUUGUGCCUGUGAGAGGUGUAUGACAUGAUUCGCGGACCGGGAGCGGGAAGAUGACUUUGCUCCGGUCCCGCCCCACAGCGUCCAACCUUUAAAAAGUAAAUCCCAACGGCGACGGAUUGGGAUUGCCAUUUCCUCUCCGUUUGACAUUGAGAUAGUAUUCUCGGUAUAUGAAAAUCGAAUUCUAGAAAUACGUGAUGCCAACAACCAAUCAUAUAGGAAAGAGUCACCCCAGCUCCCGGGCAUGCAGGACUUGUGCAUUGGCAAAAGCAAAAUGCGUGCCACGGCCGGGAGGAUUAAAUGCGAAAUGUGAAAGAUGUCAUCGUCUAAAGAAAGAUUGUGUGACACAAUCUCCUUCUGUCAGGGUUUACAAGCCUCAAAAGACUACUCGAGUUGCACAAUUAGAGAAAAAACUUGAUGGAAUUGUGAACCUCCUGCAACAACAACAACAACAAAAACAAGACGUUCAUUCUCAAGAUACAACGCCGGCAUUUUCUCCACUAGCCACCAAUGGAAAUAUCCUCCCUGGAUCACCACUCCUCUCCGAACCAGAACCUCCAAAUCAAAUUCCUUACAGAGAUACCUCCCAUCUCGUCCCCAAACCUCUCGAACCGAGCAAAAGGCAAUCUGUCUAUGAAAAAAGCACAAAUGCUUGUCUCCUCGCCCACGCUAACUCGGAUCUCGAGCCUAACGAUAUGGAAAUCGAGAGGUUAGUGAAAUUGUACCAGAUGGAAAUGACAGCGAGAUUCCCUUUCGUGGUUAUUGAGACGGGAGGAUUGACAGGGAAGGAAUGGGUAGCGAGCAAACCUGUGCUGGGAAAGGCGGUUUUGAUGGCGGCGAGUUAUUAUAAUUUGCCGAGACAAACGGUUUAUGAGACGGCGUUAGUCAGAGAUUUGACGGAGAGGAUUAUGGUGAAGAGAGACAAAACUUUAGAAUUAUUGCAGACAAUUUUGGUUUUUUGUGGGUGGUAUCAUUACCAUUGUUUAGGUCAUCCUCACUUGAACAAUCUUCUAGGUCUAGCAACGGGACUUGCUGGAGAUUUGGGACUGAGCAAACCACCAUCAGCCGAUAGAUUCAAGUAUCCUUUUGGCCACAGUAGAGCUACAGCGGGAGAUUUCUCAAGGAGAACCAUGGAGCAGAGAAGGGCUUUAGCUGGUUUAUUCUAUCUAACCUCUUUAGUUGCAACAGGCUUUCAGCGUAUAGAUACUAUGAGAUAUUCGAUACAUCUUGAUGAAUGUGUUCGUUUCAUAGAGAAAAACACAGAACACACUACGGAUCUCUUAUUGGUUGAGUUAGUGAAGAUAUCGCAUCUUGGGGACAAAAUUGGGCAAGAUGUCUUACUCGUUCAGAGUGAUAGUGGAAUUCAAGUCCCUACUGCGUUAAAGUUGGGUUUAUUCCAGGUAGAACUAGAUGUGUUGAAGAAGGGUGUUCCUAGUGCUCUGGGAGACGAUGUAAUCUUACAGCUUCACCAUCACAUUUCUACCAUCCGUCUCUAUGAAGUCGCGUUAACUAAUGGCUGGAUACCCACAAACGCGACACAAUCACGUCAAUCUAUUUCAUCAGCCCGACCAAUUCACCCACCACCUCUACAUCCAUCCCACCUUCAAUCUCUCUACACCUGUCUCCACCACACACGCUCUUUCUUACACUUAGUCCUCUCAAUUUCUCCAUCCACCUAUCUAAGCCAGCCUAUUGCUCCAUGGUCUCUUCUCGCCUAUGCUCUCAUGGUUCUCGCUCGCCUCUCCUUCUACCAAAACCCACUUCUCCCAUCCUGGACCCUCGAUUUCGUCCGCGAAGUCUGCGAUCUCUCUUGGGUAUUGAAAGAGCUAGCAGAGCGAAACGAUAGAGCAAAAUUUGUAGAUAUCAAUAUCACUACCGAGGAUGGAGAAUGGGGAAGAGAUGCGGAGGUGGGCAGUGAUGGAAGAAGGGUGGGAGAGGGCUGGACAGAUUGUUUCGACAAGUUUGCGAGGAAGAUUCGCUUGGUGAAGGGGUGGUAUGAUCAGAGAGCUGCGGCUUAUGGGAGUUCGGCGCAGCCACAUCCGUUGGGGGAUGGGUUUAGAGUUGAUAGAAAUGCGGUAGAGGGUAUUGGUGAUGGGAGCGAGGAUAUUACCGAAGGGGGCACGUUGACGCAGAUUGAUACUAGGUUGGAGGAAGCGGUAAAUGCCCAAGUGAACUCGGAUUCAAUUCCAGUUCUGGGUGAAAUGGAUAUGAACUCUUGGGAUGGAUUUGAUGGACAGAAUUUUUGGAUGGAUUUGGGUGGGGAAUGGGAUAUAGAUGAAUUGGAGGCUAUGGGUGCGAUAUUAUAGGUACGUUAAAAGUAUGUCUCUGAAGUUCCGUCUUCUUCUAUUCUCAUUUUCCAACCGAAGGACGGAAAACGUGUAAUUUGGAUUUGAGAGGUAACCUCAGAAACCUCUUGAAAAUCAUGAUGCUCAAAAUCACCUGUUCAAACACACUUUGACCAAAUCUUCCCAACCCUCUCAGAAAUGGUAUUGUUCUUUCA